AUGUCAUCAAACAAACAGCAACACCCACCUCAAGCACCACCAGCAGGAACCUCAUACUCCACCACCGCAAAAACCUUUACACUACUCAUCGCCGUCUUAGCAGUCACCCUGGCCUUCGCAACUCCACUCCGCCAAACCCUCUCCUCCUUCCUCCCCACCCGUACUCUUCGCACCAUGUCCACCACCGCCGCCUCUCCUCUCAAAAUCACCAAGCAGGCCUGGAACGCCCGCGGGCACUCGGACCACGACUGGCUCUACACCUUCCACUCCUUCUCGUUCGCGUACUGGCGCUCACCGAUCCGCGAGUCCUUCGGCCCCCUCCGCGUCAUCAACGAAGACCGCGUAAAACCCACGACGGGCUUCGGCGCCCACUCGCACGCCGAAUACCUCAUCUUCUCGUAUAUCGUCAAUGGCACGCUCGAGCACCGCGAUUCCAUGGGAAACCUCGAGUACCUGAAGCGCGGCGAGGUGCAAUUCACAUCUGCCGGCACGGGGAUCCGGCAUUCAGAGUACAACCGCGACAAGAACGACGAAGUGCAUUUCCUGCAGAUCUGGGCCAAGCCUAACAUCCGCGGUCUUGCGCCGCAUUACGAGACGAAGAAGUUUACGGACGAUUUGAAGGAGGAUAAGUUGGCGAGGGUCAUGGAGUACACAAAGAGGUUGGGCGAGAAGACAGAGACGUCGCCGAUUGGGUUGCAGGCGGAUCUCAGCAUGGAUGCGUCGAUUCUGUCGCCCGGGAAGAAGGUGGUGCAUGAUGUUGUUGCCGAGGGGCCGAGGAAGGUUUUCUUGCAGCUUGUCAUGCAGGGGAAGACGCAGCCCAAGGAGGGUGGUGCGAAGAUCAAGAUUGGGGAUACGGUGCUGGCAGAAGGUGACUCUGCGUUUGUGGAGGGUGUUCGGGGGCCGGGGACGGUUGAGGUGGAGAGUGUGGGAGAUCGCAAGGCCGAGUUUUUGUUGUUUGAUCUGGGCCCGGACGAUGAGUAAUGGAGGUUACGAGAGAUGGGAGCAUUCUUGUAUAGAGGAUUCACGAGGAUCUGUACAUAAACCAUAGCCUGCGCAUUUGUCCU